CAGAACCAGCAGCCAGCCAGCCAGCGAGGGAAGCGGCGCAGGAGCGGCCCGCCCGAUCCGACUCGCGCAGCCCAUGAAGGGCGGCGAGGCCCGGCGGGGGCCCCCCAGCCGCCACACCGGCGCCGGACGGCAACUUCCGCGCAAGAUGUGAGUCGGGCGCGCGGCGGCGGCGGCGGCCCACCUCUUCCCUGCCUGCCUGCCUGCCUGCCGGCGACACGGACUCCCUCGGCCGUCCGUCCGGCCGUCAUGCCUCGCUGAGCGAUCUGAUCAGCCGGGACUCGAGCAGCGGAGCCGCCGUCACUGGCGGGAUGUUCGCGCUGGAUCCGUUCGACCCACACGGCGGCGGCGGCGGCGGCGGCGGCGUGCCGGGCAGGAGCGGCGUGCCGGGCGAGAGGGGCGGCGGUUUCGGGCCGGGCGCGGGCUCCCAGUUCAAGCCGCCACCCUUUCACGGCGGGACUGGCAGCGGCGAGCCGGCGGCCCUGAAUGCCCUGGGCGAGCCCUCUUCGGCCCUGCUGGCCAUGAAUCUGACCUUGUCCGGGGAGGGCUACGGCGGUUUCCACGCCCCGCGCGGCGGCCCUCCGGAAUUGGCGCAGGCCCAGCCCGUCCACGGGUUCUUCGGCAGCCCGCCGCCCGGACCCGGCGCGCACCACCAGUCCCAGCCCCCGGCCUCGCACUUCGGUGGCGGCUUCGGGCCCGAGCCCAGCGCCUCCUGCCUGCACGGCGGGCGCCUCCUCAGCUAUCCGGGCGGCCCACAGACGUUCGCUGCGGACGGCGGCUACGAGCAGCACCUGGCGGAAGGCCAGCCAGGCGGGGACGGCUUCGGACAGCAGAGGGCGGGACCCCUCCAGGACUUCCAGCCGCCGCCGCCGCCGCAUCACCACCACAAUCCCGGCGUGCCGGCGCCGUGCCUGCCACUCGACCAGUCGCCCAACCGCGCUGCCUCCUUCCAUGGCCUGCCGGGGGCCGCCGCCUCGGAGCCGCACAGCCUGGACUCGCAGAGGCGCCUCCCCAGCCAAGGGGCGGCCGCGGUGGAUGCCCUGGAGUACAGUUACCCGAGCAGCGAGAGCCAUUUCGACCUGCCCGUCUUCUCGUCGUCGGAGGCCGAGGGGCAGCUGCCGCAGUACGGCGCCGGGCGGCAGGCGGCACCGCCGGCAGGAGGCAACUUCCCUGGCCAGUCCGCGGCCUUGCCCCGAGCGCCAGGCUCCCUGGGGAAGGUGCACGCACAGCAGCCCCAGCACGGCGUCUUCUUCGAUCGGUUCGGCGGCGCUCGCAAAAUGUCUGCAGGGCUGGAACCUGGCCUGGGUGCCGGGAGGCACCACCUCGUGCAGCCGCCGCCACCCGCGGCUCUCCUGGCCCGGCAGAACUCUUGCCCCCCGGCGCUGCCGCGGCCACAGCAGGGUCCCGAAGGAAGCGCCGCCAAUACGGGCGGUCUGCAAGACAGCGGCGGCAGCGGCGGCCCGAUCCUGCAGGGGCAGCACGGCCCAUUCGAGUACCCCAUCCACCGGCUGGAGAACCGGGGCCUGCAACACCAGCACCACCAGCAGCAUUCCUACGGCCCGGGAGAGCCGCUUUUCAACGUGUCCCACCACCACCACCCCCAGCCCCAGCAGCCGCCCAACCAGCGACUGCAGCACUUCGACGCGCCCCCCUAUAUGAGCCUCCCCAAGAGGCCCCGUUUCGACUCGUGGGGCGGCGGUGGCGCGGGGAUGCACGGCACUGCCGCCCUGGACAGCCACCUUUCGCCCUCCGCGGCCUACCCUGGCCUGCCGGGGGACUUCACGCCGCCGGUGCCAGAGAACUUUCCGCCGCCGCCGCCGCCGGGUCCGGAUCCCCAGGCGGCUCUGCAGCAGCGCCAAAAUGCGGCGCUGAUGAUCAAGCAGAUGGCAGCCACCCGCAGCCAGCAGCAGCGCCUCCGUCCGCCCGGGCUGCAGCAAGUCGGGCACCACCAACACCCGCACCCCGCCGGCGGCGGCCACGGCCAUCACCAGUCCCCGCACCAGCACCCGGGUGAAGCCGCUUUCGAGGCUCAGGAGAGCACGUGGUUCCCCCCGCCUCAUCCACCAGCGGGCAGCGGAGAUCUGCUAUUCCGGCCGGGAGUGGGAGGGAUGCAGGAGCCGCCGCCAGCGCUGCGGAUGUCAUCGGGGACCGAAGGACACGUGCCCUCGCCAGGCGGCCUGCAAGGCCAGUUCGGUCUGAGCCCGCCGUCGGAGCGCAGGCCGAGCCACCCCGACUUCGCAUCCCAGGCGCAAGGCUUUCCGUUCGGGGCCCCCAGCCGCCAGGCCACCCCGCACAGCGCUUCACCCGGGUCCUUUGUGCCCCCGACGGACUUUCAGAGCUCUGCGCCCCCUCCCUCGCAGCCCCGGCCCCCACCGGCCAGCAGCAAGCUGGGCGCGCUCUCGCUCGGCUCCUUCCCGAAGGGGGGCGUCGGGGGGCCACCCGGGGGCGCAGGCCCCAAGGAGAGCAGCGGCCUUUUCGGGCAGAGCUGCCUGGCAGCGCUGUCCACCGCCUGCCAGAACAUGAUCGCCAGCCUGGGCGCGCCCAACCUCAACGUCACCUUCGGCAAGAAGGGCGCGCCCGCGGCGGUGGGCGGCGGGACCGCCGGGGAGGGCGCCAAGCGUAGCAAGAUUAGCCCCACUGAGGCCCCGGAGACAAACGGUGCGGGGCCUCAGCCGCCCCUCCCGGCCCCGUCGGCUCCUGCGGGCGACAGCGGCCUCUCCCCAAAUUACUCCCCUGGAUCGGGCCCCGACGCCAAAUCGGGGAGCGGGCGGGGCAGGGGGCGCAGGAAACGAGACAGCGGGCACGUCAGCCCGGCCGCCGGGGGGACUGGCGGCGGGGGCGGCUUCUUUGAGAAGUACGGCCCGGCGGCGGGCGUGGAGAGCGGCAGCCCCGGGCAAGGUGGGGAGCGAAGCGGCGGCGGCACCCCACAUCUCCACGAGCCCCACAAGGCGUUGAGCUCCCCGCCUUCUGCCUGGUCCAAGGGCGGCGGCGGCGGCGGCGGAGACCUCCUCCUCCCGCCGCCGCCGCCGGAGCAGGCUGACCUCCUUCCCGCCCUGGACCAGGCCGAAUCCUGCUCCCCGCGCGGCGGCGGCGGCGAUUUCCCAGGCGAAGCGGACGAGGACGAGGUGUCUUCCAGCUCCGACAACCCGGGGUCCAAAGGGUGUCCCGCCGGGCGCAGCCCGCUCCAGCCGCCCACCCGCCCGGUGGACCACCCUCUCCUGAACGGACAGAAGGCGGCCUCCCUGGCCCAGCUGGGCCUGCACGCCGGCGGCGGCGCCGCGACCUCCAGCCCUGACAGCUACGGCGCGGGGCAGCCCGGGCCGGCGCAGGAGGAGAUCCACCCGCUGGAGAUCCUGCAGGCGCAGAUCCAGCUGCAGCGGCAGCAGUUUAGCAUCUCCGAGGACCAGCCUCUGGGCCUGAAGAGCGCCAAGAAGGCCCCCGAGGGCUCGGGCGGCGGCGGCGGCCGGAACGGCGACAGCGGCGAGCUGAGCAGCUGCUGCGAGGGCGCCAGCGGCAAGGGCGCUGUGAGCACCAUCGACCUGGAAUCCUUGAUGGCCGAGCACUCCGCCGCCUGGUACCUGCCCGGAGACAAGGCGCUCCUGGACGGAGAGCCCGACGAGGAGAAGGCCCUGGUGCCCUGGGAGAAGGCGAAGGCGUCCACCCCCGGCAAGGAAGCCCAUGACCUCCCCUCUAGCAAGGCCUUGGCUCCAGCACAGACGGGCAGCCACUUGCAGUGUCUCUCUGUCCACUGCACGGACGACAUGGGUGAUGCCAAGGGCCGGACUGCGGUGCCAACGUGGAGAUCCCUGCACUCAGACAUCUCCAACAGAUUUGGGACUUUUGUGGCUGCCCUGACUUGAAGAAGGGAGAGGAGGAGAAGAGGAAGAGGAAGAGGAAAAGGAGUCAUUUUUUUUCUGUUCUUUUUAUGUUUAAAGAGCCGCUCCUACUAGUUGGACUGUUUUCUAGGUUGGUAUCUGUUUAGCGGCAUACAGACUGGCAAGGGUUAAUUUAAAAUAAACUCAACCGAAAGAAAGAAGGAAAGGGAGAAAGAAAGAAAGAAAGGGAGAGAAAGAAAGAAAGAAAGAUCUGCCACUCCUCCUGCUGGUCCCUCUGCAGCCGGUCAGAGCACUCGCACUCGAAGGAGUACUGGCUGUGGCUCUGGGCUGGCCAGCCUGGCUGACAGGGCCCCUUGCAUCAGGGCUAUGUCACGGGAAGGCAGGAUGGGCUUAGGUUUUACAUGUCCCCCUCCCCGCUUUCCAUGCAAUUGAGAGGGAAAUCUGGAGAGCAGCUGCAGAAGUCCAAUCCCCCUGAAGGGAAAUUGCACCCCAAAUGGUGUCCGAGGGACCCCAAGCUUUCCGCCUUUCCUGUGCACCAGAGCCAAACCGUUAAUGCACAGCCAAGGAUUCAGACAGUCCUUUGUCUUAUCGGAGAGUGAGAAGGCGGGUGGGGGGGAAUGCAAGCUGAUCCCUUGCCUCCCCUCCCCCCCCCAUCCCUGCUGCCGCCUGGUUUCUGCUUUCUGGCACAAAGCCUCACAUCGCCUGUUUUCCCUGAACAGGAGGGGGGUACCCUGGGCUGAGCGGCAGCUUUGCUUUCAGUGCUGAGAUCCACUUGACAGCUGAGUGCCUUUCCUGGAGGAAGAAAGGGGGCUGAUUCUGCCCCAGACGCCUUGCCCCCAGCCCGGUCCUUCUGCUCUGCAACAGCCUCCUAUUGUUUUCCUUCAUUUCCUGCAGAGGCCCCUCCGUGGGGCUGGUCUGGAGAGCAAUCAGAGGAGGCGAGGAGGAGCAGGGAUGGUUUUCCACCCAGCUAGGCUCAGCCCUGCUCCUGGGGGGGUGUUGUUCAUCCUCCCGUUGGAGGGUGCUGCUAGAUGGGCAGGGCCAAGGGGUGUUGUGGCAACGGUGGUCGAUGGUGGUCGGGGAAUCCAGCUGAAUCAGCCAUUCUCGGCUGUGGGGAGGAGGUUCGGAGGGGGAAGCCAAGAGAGGGGCAGGCCCCACCUGAGGAAACCAGGUGGCUCCUCUGCAGCCUGGAGCCGGGUGACCAUGAUGCCUGAGGGCCCCCACCCCAGGGCAGUGGCAGCAGGGCAAUUGCUCCAAGCCAGCCUACCUGGUAUCUCUGGUGGCUCCUGCUCAGUGCCCAGUUGAACUGGUGGGGGUUCCCUCUGCCCAGACUCUCCCGGGCUGCCCCGCAGUCAAGGAGUGGUACUGCUGUCGUCUGCCGGGAGGUCAUCCCACCAGAAGGCCCAGGCUCGGUGGUCUUCUGCAGAGCAGGCCUGGCUGCUGCUGCGCACAACAAGCUCCCUGUCCCACCCCAGUGGCUCUUCCUUCCUCCAAAUCCAAGAUACUUAAGGUGCGUGUUUCUUUUUCAAUGUCCUGAAUUUUUUGUGGACUUAUUCUUUUUCUCCCCCUUUGUGGGUGGAUAAAAUUUUGGUCAGCAUCCUGUCCUGGCUGUCUGCUCCUGCAAAAGGAAAUUUGUUCUCAGCAAAGAGGGGAGCAGAACAAUAAUGCUGCUCCUCCAACAGGCGUCUUCUGUUGCCCCACCUGCGCUCCGGGGUUUUCUCCUGCUGUCUCUAGCAGGAGAAGGGGCCACCUCCUGCCAGGGGCCUGUGAGGAGAAGUGGAACAGGUGGGUCGGUGUUUAAGCCGGAGAGCUGCUUUAGUUGAUUCUGUUAUUUUCUGAAGGUCUGCUUCUGAAGGAAGAAAAAUCAGCACAGAAUAACAAUGGAAUUUAAGUAUUAAAGUAAGAAUAACAGUGAUAAAGGGAAACCUAAAUAAAUAGCAACAAUGUUAAAAUGGAACUUUAAAAACACAAUAGACUGAAACUUCUCAGGCAAAAAGAAAAACAUUUUCAGUUGAUGUUUUAAAAAAUGACUGGAAAAUAGCUUUUACAGCAAAACAAUAAAAUAAAAAUAGAGUCAUUAGAAAUUAACUGUAAACUGCCUACUAAAAGCAUUCAGUUGAGCAACACCCUGUACUGUGCAAAAAAAAAAAAAGGAAAGGAAAGGAAAGGAAAGGAAAGGAAAGGAAAGGAAAGGAGAAACAGACCUGUGGAUUGCAGACUGCAGAACUGUACGUGCAGACGGUCCAUUGAUUCAGUUGAAAAUCACAGGAAACCCGCGGAAGACACCCCCCCCAGAUACAAAUGGGCCUUUUGUUGCUUGAGGGCAGUGCUGGGUGCUCCGGCCUCAAAGGUGCCUGCUAAUCCGGGCUACCUCCACUAGAAAGCCAGGAGAGGGGCACUGGAGGCCGCUGGCACUCCCUUUGCAGGAAACCAGGCAGCUGAAUCCGGCUAACGUUUUCUGAGGGCUCUUUGAUGCUCUGCAAACACCUGUUAUCUUCUCUGGAAAGGCUCCGUUCCCACUCCUCAGCCGAAGGUUCGGGGAGCACCAUCCAGAAUUGCUCCGCACAGUAACGGUAGCUUCUCUGUGGGGGAAAUGAAUCUAAAACAAGCCAGCUAUUUUAACCGAGAUUUUAGGACAAAACUAAGUUUCAGGGGACCGGCCGUUUUUUCUUGGUUUCACUCCUCCUGUAUUUCCCCAGCCAUCGCAGCUUUAGAAACAAACCCUAAACCGAAAGGGUGUUGUCAUCCUCCUUGUACUGAAGCUCUGGAGAAGAGCCCCUCCCCCGCCCCAGCCCAGCCCAGCCCAACCCCUACUGCUCAGUCGGAAGAAACCUUAUUGCACAUGUAAGAUAUUAACAUGGAGGGCAAUUUGUAAUCCCCCCUUCCCUCCUGUUCCCCUUGCCCAUCCCCUUUUCUGGGAAUUUAGUUUAAAUUGGUUUCUCAAGGCUUGGUUGGAAGACUGUGACAAAAGCUCAUGAAAAGUGAGUGUUAUUUUCUUUCUUUUUUAAAUAUGUAAAGUGCAGUCUUCUCUAUUCAUGCAUAUUGUAUAUAUCUGUAUAUGUUUUACUGAGCAACUAAAUAACAAUAAAUAUGAUGUUAAUGGUG